AUGGCGGAAGACUGCCAACCCCUUGUGAUCGACACUGGAUCUGACUGCUGCAAAUCUGGGUUUGCUGGUGAUAUUGUUCCAUUCUCAGUGAUCCCUUCCGUGGUUGGCGAUGUCAGUCGACCAUAUCAGCGCGGCGUCGUAACCAACUGGGACGACAUGGAGAAAAUCUAUCACAACAUCUUUUACAAGGAGCUCCGAGUCGCUCCGGAGGAGCAUCCUAUUGUAAUGUCAGAAGCCAUAGUCAAUCCACGGCAGAAUCGGGAAAAGAUGACCCAAAUGUUGUUUGAAACGUUCAAUAGCCCCGCGAUAUACCUUGCAAGCCAGCCGCUCUUGUCUCUGUACGCAACUGCUCGUCAGACUGGUAUUGUGAUUGAAUCUGGCGGUGGUGUGACACAGGUUGUACCAAUUCACGAGGGCAUCACUUUCCCCAAUACAUUCUCCCAGGUUGAUCUGGCUGGCAUUGACAUAACUGACUACCUUGCGAACACCCUGGGCUGCGAAGACCAGAUAGCCAAAGCAAUCAAAGAGAAAUGCUGCCAUGUUGCCUUGGACUUUGAUUCUGAGCUUGAUGCUCGUGAGGAUCAGAGCUUUCACUUGCCUGAUGGACAGCAGAUUACCUUAGGGACCGAGCGCUUUUGUGCGCCAGAAGCACUAUUCCAGCCAGAUAGAAUCCUUGCCAUUGACCGACCAGGUAUCCAUCAAGUUGUACAUGAUGCAAUCCAGAAAUUCGAUUCCCAUGUACAAGAGCAGCUGUACCGCAAUAUAGUUCCGGCUGGCGGUUCAACCCUUUUCCCUGGCUUCAUCGACCGCCUUGGAAAGGAAAUAUCUGAUCUUGCUCCGUCAGCAAACCCGAACAUUAUCACUCCAGAGAAUCAACGCUACUCGGCCUGGGUUGGAGGAACUAUUCUUGCGUCGUUGUCUACAUUUCAAGAUAUUUGGAUUUCCCAGCGGGAGUAUGACGAGGAGGGGCCUUCUGUUGUGCAUAAGAAGUGUCACUAA